AAUGAUGGGAUGUUUCCAUUUGGUAGGUCCCAUGCAUUGCUCAACAUGGAAGAUUAUCAUUGAAUGGAAGCAUCAUAAUCUAUGACCAUUAUUUGCUUCAAGAUUACUUGCAACAUGGCAGGUGUGAAUUACGCAACAUGGAAGAUCAUUGUCUCUUGUGAAAUCCAGUCAUCUCCGUCGGUCAGUGGAGAAUCUCAAGCACCCUGUGAGGUGGGGAAAACUAGCACUUCAUCUUUGCUAAUGGCGGAAGGAAGGCAUAUUCAUCAAACCCCAUCGGAGGAUAAUGAGGAUUCUUUGCUUAAGCACAGAGUUCUUGAAGAACAAGUUCAUUCUGGACUUGGAAGACGCGGAGGAGGAACACAGCGGGGAAAAUGAGAUCCCCCUUCUCGCUCAUUUUCUACAGAUUAGAGAUGUGCUGAAAGCAAAGGACAUCACGGCAUCCACACCCAUCAGAUUGAAGAAUUGCCUAUACAACGCCAUCAGCGCAUUAGAAGAGUGCGUGGUGUUGUCGGAGAAGCGUGAACCCCGAAAGAAGAAGGAUGGUCCGAUGCAUGGAUACACUCUGGCGGAGCAUUGGCUGAUAUGCAAAACCAGAAGGUUGUUGGUUCAAACAACGAGAAAGCUAACUGCUACAGCUGAUGCGGUUAUUCCUGGUAUGACAGACAUGGCCGCAAGUUCAUCCUCCACCUCCUUCCCAGUCAUUCCAAGACCAAACUCCCAGAAUUUUAAUCAUCUGAGGGUUGAAGGUUUUUAUGACCAAUCAAAAACAAUUUUCGAUCGACUUGGGAAGAGAGGGAAGGGAUUUCAUGAAAUCGGAAUCGUGGGGAUUGGAGGCUCGGGUAAAACCGCUCUGGCCCAAUUGGUGUUUACUCAAUCCAAUUGGCGGUAUUUUGGGGGUUACAGAAUUUGGAUAUGCUUAUUCCGGAAACUGAGUGGAGAUGUAAAGUUUAAGAAGAUGAUAAAGGACAUGUUGAAGCAGUGUAAGGCAGUGGUGGAUGAUGAAGAUUUUGACGCAGCAGCGGUGGAUGAUGAAGACUACGAUGGGGUAGAAGUAGAAGAGCUGUUGGAGAAUCUUGGGAAAGCUUUGAAGGGUAAAAAGUAUUUGAUGGUGUUGGACGGCAUCUGGGACAUCAACAUCGACUGGUAUUUCAAGUUAAAGGACAAGUUGAAAUCUGUAAGUGGUGAUGGUGAUGGUGAUGGUUAUGGGCAUGUCAUCAUCACAAGCCGACUCCCCCACAAAGCAAGAAUGAUGGUGGGCUCUCACAAUUUGUAUCACAUGCAGCCUCCAUCAAGAUCCAUGGAGCUAAUUUGGGAAUUCUAUGUAAUAUUGGGUAUGCUUGAAAAAUAUAAGUUGAAAUUGAAGGAUGAGGUUAUAGAGCAAUGUGAUGGCCUUCCAUUAGCAAUGCACACUAUGGGAGCUGUGAUUGGGGACCAGAUCCUGGGAGUACGGUAAUGUCUGAGCAUUUCUGGUAUUGUUGGUUUUUAUUUGUUUUAAUGGUUUCAUAAUUGUCAAAACAAAAUCCAUGAUUUCAACUUUUACCAACUUUUAUUUCAAUU